AUGGCCGACACAAGACAGUUAAUCAUAAACUCGCUCUUCCCCGAGGCGCCUGAAGAUCCCUCACAAGCGAACUCACUCGCGAGCGAGUCAUUAAUCAUUCAUUUGAAGGUAUCAGAAGAUUCUACAGGACCUUCUCCUAUAAGCGAACGGCCGGGUACUAUUAGUAAAAAAGUACGGAGAAAUGGCAAAGUACGCCUUCACAAGUCAAAAAGAAAUGCAAAUAAUACAUUUUCAAUCGGUAGAACGUGGCCGCUGGAAGAAGUAAAGGCUUUAGAAGUCGUUGAUUCUCUCGUUUUUAUCGUAACAAUAAACAAGCCAUAUCAAUGGACGGCUGAUAAUCAACGCGAGAGGAACUUAUUUCUAGCUACUCUUUUAAAGGUUUAUAAGAGACACAUCAAACGUCUCCCAAAAUUAGUUAAUUUUGAUGAUAAUUCUGUAUCAGAAACAAAGGUACAACCUACGCUUGGCUCCCAGAUUGAUAAUGAAAAUUCUUUGCAAGGACGUCUGAACAAUGCUAACAAAUCAACUUCAAGCCUUGACCAACAAAAAUAUGACCGACAUCCACAAGCGAGUGGUCCUAAAAACGAUUCUAAUGGUAUGGUGAAAUACAAUGCUGAGGAUGAUGAUGUUAAGCAAGAAGAAAUAUCAUUAAUAAAUGUUUCCGAGCUACUUAAUGAUUUUGACUGGAAGGGAAGUGGUAAUGCUGCAGCAUUAGAAGAGAGAUUAUUGAAUGAACUUGCCGCAUUGGAAGCUGCCAAUAUUCAUGCCAUGGUGGAAUCUGAUGAUAGAGUUAAUUCGGUUAUUGAACAAAUUGACAAAGCAAUUAAUGAAUUAGAUAGUUUGGAUUCAUGGCUUUCUAUUUACGCUGCCGAGUUAAAUUCUAUGGGGGAUGAAGAUAUUCAUCACAUUGAAUCUCAAAACCGAGGUCUACAGGUUCAAACGGCUAAUCAAAAGGCCUUGCUAUCUGAGCUUGAUCGACUUAUACAAACUAUUAGUAUUCCUGACCAUGUGAUUAAAAUUCUUCGUCAAGAAUCGAUGGACACUCCUCAAGGAAUUGAGAAUAUUGAACAAGCUGCUAAACAAUUAAAACUUGCAAUAGACACUCCGUUUGAUAAAUCCAUACAGGAGAUGAAGGCUAUUCAAGAAAAAAUAGAAUCAUAUAAAUAUCAUGCUAAAAAUUUCUGUUCCCGAUUUUGUGAAUAUAUGCGUAUGAUGUUCCAAUUCCAAGCAGAUACUUUAAUGAAUGACAAAAGUAGAGGGCCACGGCAUAAUAACCUAACUAUUCAAAGUCACGAUUAUAUUACAAGUAACUUGUCUAAAUAUGGCACAUUAUCAUUAUGGGUGAAAGAAAUGGAUCCUAAUCGACAUUUAGAUGUCCAAUCGGAACCAAUUUAUAAAAAAGAGACUAAAGAAUACCUUCAGCAAAUGAGACAUCUUUUAUCUAAGAGAGAUUUGGCCGAGGAAGCUACUUAUGUUUUUAGUGCGGCAAAUGCACAUAGCAAUCGGAGUAGUUUGUUUUCAUUUGAUAGUACCAAACAAGCAUUGGAAUUUAAAGAUAAUAAUAAUAAUAGUGGGAAAAUUCCACUUGAAGAGUCCUUCAAUCAUUGUCUUCGAACUAUUGUUCCAUUGGUUUCCAACGAACAAAAGUUUAUGGCUGAUUUUUUCCAUCUAGCCAAAAAAGAUUCCAAAUCAUCACUUUAUGAUUCAGAAGGGUUUCUUAAAGAUUUGGAUGAUGAUGAAAGUGAAAUAAUGCAUAAAAAGCUUCUAUAUGAGCACAUGGAAAAGUUAUUCGAUUUUCUUCCAGAUGAAUUAUGCGUAUUUAUUGAUUAUGGAUGCAAACUUGAUGCAGUCCAAAUAGUAGGAAUUAUUGUGUCUAUUGAAAAGCUCAUACAAGAUGAUGAAAGACCUAACUUUAAUUAUGUAAUUAAAGUGUUUCGAGAUGUUAGGAAACACUGUCUUGAAAUUUUGGAACGAUUUCUUACUGAUCAACUCAGAGCAAUUGAAGACACAAAAGUUACUUCAAAAAGACGAAAGGGUAUAGUCCUGUUCAUUCGCAUAUUUCCAUUCGACGCAAAACUUAUGUUUAAAUAUUAUUAUUCAAGUCCAUUAAAUACACAAUGUUUAUUCUUGGAACAGCGUUUUGUGGAGCGUAUAGAACGAUCAACAAAUGGAGCCGAUGAUUUAGAAAUACGUAAAAUUGUGAACAAUGGUUAUGAAAGGAUCGUUAAAACAAUGUUUGAUUGUUUAGAAGCUAUUUCAAAAGAUGAAGAGUCACACCCCGAUGACAGGGAACAGUUAAACGCGCAUAUAAUGACUUUAGAAAACAUGCACCACUUUUAUACUGAGAUUCGAUCUCGUAAAAUACAUGCUCUUGAUCCAUUUAUGAAAUAUGCACGAAGUUCGUACGAUAAGCAUCUAGAAGCUUACGCCAAAUCAGUCGUUCGAAGGCCAUUCGGUAAACUGUUGGAAUUCUUUGAAGGAAUAGAAAGUCUAUUAAGAACAACGUCGGCACCGGAAGAAGUUGGAUUUCGGCUCAAGUACAGCAAGGAUGCGUUAAAGAAAGUUGUGUCACAGUACCCCGGCAAAGAAAUAAGAAAAGACUUGAUUUCAUUGUAUAAACGAGUCGAUAAACAUUUUACAGAGGAAGAGGGAUUACUACAAGUUGUAUGGCGAAGUAUAGAAGGAGAAGUAAUUAAAAGUCACGAAAGAUUUACAUCAAUUAUUAAUAAAUGUUAUCCAGAUUCAAAUAUUUCUUUGGAGUUUUCGAUAGAUGAUUUACUUAAUUACUUUUCAGAGUUAGCUAGAAGUCAUUAG